AUGAAAAGAUCAUCUACAAAAAGUACCGAGAAAAGGGAUUUUAACUACAGGGAGAUAGACUGGGAACUUAGGCCUGGUGGCAUGCUUGUCCAAAAGAGAGAUGUUGGGGUUGGCUCUUCUGGGCCUAUGAUCAAGAUCAAGGUCUCUCAUGGCUCAUGUCACUAUGAUAUUGGUGUGCCUGCUCAAUCUUCUUUUGGGGAUUUGAAAAAGGUUCUUGCCCAUGAGACUGGUUUGGAGCCCAAGGAGCAGAGGUUAUUGUUUAGAGGCAAAGAAAGGGAGAAUGAUGAAUAUUUGCACAUGGUAGGUGUAAAAGACUUGUCAAAGGUGAUACUUUUUGAGGAUCCAGCUAGCAAAGAGAGGAAGCUUGAGGAGAUGAGGAGAAAUCAGGGUACAUUAAACGCCUAUGAAGCUGUUGCCAGAGUGAGGGCAGAGGUUGAUAAACUUUCCGAGAAGGUCGUUGAAUUGGAGACAACAUAUUGCAGUGGCACCAAGAUUGCAGACAAAGAAUUUGUUGUCUUGACAGAAUUGCUUAUGAUACAGCUGCUUAAAUUGGAUUCAAUUGAGGCUGAUGGAGAAGCAAAAGUGCAGAGAAGGAUUGAGGUUCGUCGAAUCCAGAGCUUUGUGGACACUCUUGACAUUUUGAAAGCUAGAAAAUCUAACCACAUCAGCAAUAGUAGCCAUGCAGUAUCUGUGACUACCCAAUGGGAGACGUUUGCUUCCGGAGUUGGAAGCCUGAGUGCCCCAGUUCCAAUACAAUCUGCCACAAAAGUAACUCAGGACUGGGAGCUGUUUGACUAA